AUGGCGCCAAAGAUGGAAUAUGUUCGCCUCGGUAACUCUGGACUAAAGGUGUCCAAAAUCAUCCUGGGGGCUAUGUCCUACGGCGACCCCCGUUGGCAGGAGUGGGUUUUGGGAGAGGAGGAGGGCAUCCAGCAAAUCCGGUUUGCUUAUGAGCACGGAAUCACUACCUUUGACACCGCCAAUGUCUACUCAAAUGGACAGUCGGAGAUCAUCCUCGGGAAGGCAAUCAAGCAGCUCAACCUCCCACGCGAAGAGCUCGUGAUCAUGACCAAGCUCUGCGCUGCUGUGUCUCCCGAUCCUGCAGUUUUCACCAUAACCAAAAGCAACGCCGAGCUUGCGGACAUGGGCAUCAUCAACCAGCAUGGGCUCAGCAGGAAGCACAUUUUUGACAGUGUUAAGGCGAGUCUGAAGCGUCUCCAGGUUGACUACAUUGACCUCUUCCAAUGCCACCGGUUCGACUACAACACCCCCAUCGAGGAGACGAUGCAAGCACUCCACGACGUUGUAAAAGCCGGUUACGUGCGGUACACCGGGAUGAGUUCAUGCUACGCGUACCAGUUCCACCAGAUGCAGAACUAUGCUAUCACGCACAACCUCACGCCCUUCAUCUCGAUGCAGAACCACUACUCACUCGUCUAUCGCGAGGAAGAGCGCGAGAUGUUCCCGACGCUGAAGCUCUUCGGCGUCGGCUCGAUUCCCUGGUCCCCGCUCGGCCGCGGCAAGCUCACCCGGCCACUCGGCGCGGAUACCAAGCGCGGGAAGAGUGACGCGUAUCUCAAGGACUACGAGAAUUCUGCGUCGGACAGCAUCGUAAAUCGCGUUGAGGAGCUAGCCAAGAAGAAGGGUGCCAGCAUGGCGCAGAUCUCACUGGCGUGGAUCAUGUCCAAGCCCGGCGUGAGCGCGCCCAUCAUCGGGACGACGAACUUGUCGAAUCUCGAAGACAUUCUCGGUGCUCUGGAGGUCAAGCUGACCGAGGAGGAAGUGAAGUAUCUCGAGGAGCCGUACAAGCCGGUAGCCAUCUCCGGUCACUUCUGA